AUGGCAACUGAAUAUUUUCUUGUCUUCUGUGAAGUGAAACUGGGAUAUACCAUGGAAAAGAAUGCAAAAUGGACCAUGGAAGGAAUAACCGUGCAAUCCUGGAUACGCAACACCAAGCCAAGGGAGAAGGAAUUGUCCACCAAGAUGAUUUCCAAAGAAGAAUACACUAUCAAUCAACAGGGCAUUGUUUUGGUCUCUAUGUGUGUUUGGAUAGGUAUUGACUGUGAUGGUCUGUGCUUUUUGAUGGAUGACUCUUUCACUGCGGUUGAUGCCUUCUUUUCCAAGUACUUCACUGUGCUUUCUGCGAUGGAAGAUGCAUCUGGUGCUUUGGAGGAAGUACAAAUCCAGCACAUAAACCCCCUUCAUCAAUCAGAAUAA